AUGGGAGAUGAGUUAAUGGCUAAAGAAGUUGAUAACAUUUGGAUUAAUAACUACGUAGAAUACCAUAAGGCUUACUCACGUAAAUUAAAGGGUUAUAGAAUUAAUUAUAAUGAUAUUUGUAAACCGUUUAAUUCUGAUAGAGUAUAUGAUGAGGUUGAGAAAAAAUUAGGUUAUGAUAGACAACAAGAUUAUCAAAAUAGAAAUUAUCAAUACAAUAGAAAUUAUAAUGAUCAAAAUAGAGGAUAUCAAAAUAAAACUUAUAAUGAUCAAAAUAGAGGUUAUCAAAAUAGAAAUUAUGAUUAUCAGAAUAGAGGUUAUCAAAAUAGAAAUUAUGAUUAUCAAAAUCGAGGUUAUCAAGGUGGUAAUUAUCAAAAUAGAAAUUAUAACGAUCAGAAUAAAAAUUAUAAUCAAAAUUAUAGAGGUGGUUUUAAUCAAUAUAAUAGAAAUUAUAAUAGUAGAGAUAAUUAUAACAACCAAAGUAAUAGAAACGGUGGUUAUAAUCGAGGGUUUAUUUAUUCAGGUUCUAAUGGUAAUAAUUUUAACCAACCUAAUGAUAAUCCACAAGGAGGUUCUAAUAAUAAGUUACUUGAUUUUAAUGAUGAUCGAGAUCUUAAAAGUAAGGAAAUUAAAGAUGAAGAAACUAAUUCAUCUGAGUAUAAAGAAUACAACGUUCCUUAUAAGUGA